AUGUUUCAAGUCAAGGGCAGCUUGGUCAUCUUCACACUGCUGUCCCUCUGGAGCGGGUGCUUCGCCACAGCGAGGCGACGGCGGACCAAAGAUGUUGUUUCCGAGGCGUGUCUCAACGAAGGCGUUCGAGUGAGCGAGUGCAGGGCGGCGUUCAUCACGGAGCUCGAGAUGAUGCACUCGAUGAACCAGAACAACCAGCAUACGAACUGCACGUUAUACUCCAAGUUGGAAUGUUGCAUGGUGACCGAGUAUGGAGCGCUGGGAUGUGGCGACAAAGAAGCUAUUAACAAGGCCAUAUCGUUUGCCAUAAAAGACCACCAGAGUUACGACAAUUGCCCCAAAGGACUUUGUGACCCAGCCUCAGUCAAUGGCAGCUUCAAGAUUAUGCGAGACAUGGAUGAAAACCUGCACGGUCGCGAUGCUGUCUCUGGUUUGGUCAAUGCGCCCAAGAGGAAAGUCAAACGAGAUGUCCACGCUGCGAUGGAAGCACAGACAUCUGAAGUCGGCAGCGAGACCAACAAAAGCUUCUUAGAAGAGCAUCUUAAGGCGCCCAAGCACAAAGGAAAAAAGAAGGGGCACAAAAGAGGACACAAAGGGAAAAAAGGAAAGAAACCAAAGCUGACCGCUGAUGACCUACCGAAGACCGCUGUUAGCCCGGACCACAAAGGUGACACAAGCCUCGAGGUUGUCACGGCAAAAGCCCACAACGGUGAGGAAGGCUCCGCGACAUUCGCCAGUAUCAAAGCAGCCGACCACGGCAAAGAAACUAUCAAACCGAAGGCCGCUGUUAGCCCGGACCACAAAGGUGACACAAGCCUCGAGGUUGUCACGGCAAAAGCCCACAACGAAGGGGAAGGAUCUGUGACUUUCGUCAGUAUCAAAGCAGCCGACCACGACAAAGAAAAUAUCAGCGCUGGAAAAAGUGCUCUAGAGAGCAAGAACAGCACGGAUAUGCCCAAGAGUAGUGAAGCCAAAACAUCGUCUGUAGCAGCUGGCGUGCCACCAGCUGCACCAGCUGAAGUUGCACCGGUGAACGGUGCCGCGACGAGUGUUAGCAGUCUGGAAAAGGAGGCCGUCACUGGUGGAGCUGGCGGUCACGAUGCACUGGCAAACGUGAAAGUCCCAAUCAGCAUUGAGAUUGUGAAAAACAUCUCCCUGUCCGACAUAGGAAGGACCUCUAAGAAAACUCAUCGCCGGAGGAGGCACCACAGAAGUAAGCCAUCUAAGGGGGCACUGAAUUCUGAAACUACUAAGGGGCUGCCAGAAGUUAACAAGGCACACGCAAGUGAAACCACAUCUUCGAAUCAGAGCCAGGUUUCAAAUACUGCAGGCGAGGGGUCCCUUGUCCAUAGCGAAGGAAUUCCUGUCGAUUCUCGCCAGUCAACCGUAACCGUAUCUAAUAAAGGACAAUCCCAGUCGGGCACAUCUGAAGCACCUGGUCACGGCCAAGCGAAACUUGAAAUGAAAGAUGGUACCGCCGUGGAUUCGGCUUCUAUUACGAGCGUGAACAAAAGCUCCCCCAGCGACUCUCACACUUCCAACAGCACAUUAGCAAGUGAUGCAGCGGAAAAGAAAGAAUCUGACAAGAAAGGCUCAUCAGGCGAGAUCACUGCAGACAAAUCGGUCGUUUCAGGCACAGCGGUCGGUAAUCAAACGAAAAAUGACAAGCUACUCGCCGAGAAAAGGCAGAACGAAGUCAAUGCUCACACUGGAUCUGAGGGAAAGAAACCUGAGAUAGUAAGCAAAGAGCACGGGAACGAAACUGCACUGAUCGAAGCCAACAAAACUGCUGCAGCCGUGGGCGACGGGCUUCUGCAGGAUGUGAAAAACUUGGAAAAAUCUAAUGACGCAGAAAAACAAACGACGAAGUUGGCACACGAGGGAAAUCUAGACAAAGAUAUAGGAACUUUUGCUCCUCUAUCCGAAAUAAGCGGAGAGAACGGCAACCUUUUAUACUUACCAAAAAGCAAGGCCAAGUUAACGAAUAAUGCAGAGGUCCCGGAUGCAAGCCUUGAAAGCAACACGAGGUCUGGAAGUGGUGUCGCAUCUACUGAAGAAGGAAAGAAUGCCGAUGCAGCAGGAAAAUCCGGCCUAGAGAAAGACGAACCCAAGAACUCCAAGUUAAGCGACGUUCCAGAGAUCAGUCUUGCAGUGCACAGGCUUGAGAAAAAGCACGACAUUUCUUCUGAUGCCAGCUCCUUCGCUCAUGAGUCUUUAGAAGAUCGCGCACGCAAAACGACGACAAAUCAGACAAAAGUAUCCGACACCAAGAGUGAAACUGUGAAUCUCUCGAGUACAGCCAACGCCAGUGCAGCCCACAACCAGACAGCUCACAACCAAACAUUGGAAGAAGAGCUCUCAACAUCGGGGAGGAGGCACGUUGACAACAAGACGGGUGCAUUGAGUGAAGCCGCGGUGAACUUGAAGGACCCGAAGCAGGUUUUUGGAAGUGGGCCACUCAUUGAAGUGAAAGGACACAAGGGAGGAAGCGUCGAAAAACAAAUGGUGCAUGCCUACGAGACUGGGGAGUCCGGCGAGAACAUCAAAGGAAAAAACAGCCUGAUUGAUGACCUAGUGGACCAGUACGGAUCAGGCGGUAGUGACUACGACUUGAAGUACGGAAGGGAUUUGAAGAAGAGGCACAGGCCACGCUUCCGGGAUGACGACGAUGCACCUAAGGUAAGACGAAAGCAGUGGGAUGGUGACGAGCCGUUCGAGGUUGAUACAACACGAGAUCCUUUUCAGGAAUAUCCAAGCGUGAAGGACGGGGAUCCUAGGACCGGAGGCCUAUAUGUGGGAAAUCGCGGGCGUAGACAUUCAGCCGAGGAGGAGAACGUGAGGAUUGCGCGGCACAAGAAAGUGCACCGCCGGAAGCCAGAGAAUGACUACAACUACGAGAGCAUGGUACGCUGGAAGCUCCUGGAAGAACUUGACAGCAUCCUUGAUCCUAAGAACUCUCCUGACGCUGAGACCAUGAACAAGCCUUCUGGACCAGAAUUUAGACACGAAAAGGACGAUGACAUGGAUCAGUGGAAAAGGCGACUGCAGGCACUGAAGGUGCAAGUUCAGGCGCAGUCUGGUGAGCGCAUUGUGGGAGGAGCGGGAGAUUCCUUCCGCGAUGCAGACGCGAUGCGAGAUGGCGAGAUGUACUACCGCAAGUACCGAAGACAGAGCCCGCUUGCUUACGGCCAAGGCUACGAAGGCGUUGAACGACCAAUCGUCAAAGACCCUCUCAUUCAUCAGGCCAAGAAAAGGUUUUGGAUUGAACGCCAAGAAAGUGACUCUAAUAAAUCUGCUCACGAUACAGAGCAUCAGGGUGCGGCGGGCAUUCACUUGCGUCCUCUUCCAGAAGCACCAGGUCGCGAAUUGCCUCCGGCCGUGGAAACAGCAGAGAAGCAUCCGCCUAAUGAGUCCAUGGGAGUCAUGAGAGAAGCGGCCCCUUAUGUGGCAGGUCAUCGUCUCAUCUCGUCGGAUAGUCGUGCGUCGCAGAUGUCUGGACUAGGAGCGAGGAGGUUCAGCAACAGGAGGGCCGCUAGAGCGCGACGGCUGAGGGGCAGCCGCGGAUCGAGGAAGCUCCACAAAAGCCUCAAGGACACCGAAGGCCUUAAGAUCCUGAGAAACGACGACCUCCAGGGAGACGACGACGACGACGACGACGAUGAUGCGGACGAUGACGAUGAUGAGGACGAUGAUGAGGAUGAGAAAGAAGCAGCAGGAAUAAAAAAAUCCACCUUACCCGCCAUCAGCCCUAAAGGACAAGUCGGACGCGUCGAUGCAGCUGAGAGGCCACUCAUGAGCUUCGGAGAGAGGGUGCACACUAUGGAGCCGACAAAAACGACGCCAAAGAAAGAAAUCAAGCCAGCAGGAAAUCUAGUAGGCAGUGCUGAGUCGCCCGACUGCGUUCCUGACACUCUGAGAGCUCACACAGACUACUGCCGAGGAAUCUACACCAAGCACCAACUUUCUAUUGAAGAAGCUCGGAAGAUUGCAUCAAAGAAAACUAUGGCUUGCUAUAAACUGGAGUCUAUCAAGGGUUGCCUGUCAGCUGGAAGCUACUUUUCAAAAUGUGUCGGCUCGAACAACAACGAGUUUCAAGAGUUGCAGGGCUCUGUCAUGAGCCAGAUGCGCGACCUGCGAUGCGGCAGCUCCGUCCUUUCCGGCUCUACCAUGCUCUUGGUACUUGCGGUGGCCCUGAACCACCUGCUGCGCGGAGGAAACUGAAAGAAGCCCCACACAGGGAAGAGGUGUCUCUGUAAAGAACACCAAUGUAAAUAAAAAGUUCUACAGUACACUA